AUGGUCACCACCAACUUUGGCAACGGACCGAUCAAUCAGGCAUCUGGGCACAUCACAAGUUCCUGCUACCGAAAGCGGCCCACCACGACAACGACCACCAGCACGAGUGGCACAACGGGAGCAUCUUCUAGCUCGACCUCAUCUGCAGCCUCCCCGACGACCUCGACAUCCACCGCUGCUCGAGGAGCUGUCUCCAGCAGCUACACCGAGACCACUGAUGCAUACUGCUCCAAUGCCAUGGACAACGGGCCUUCCAUCAUGUCCCGCCAUGUGGAUGUAACGGCGCCACAGGUGACUCGUCGCUGUUUGGGAAGAUACGGCAGCACUGGUGAUCCGAUGCUGGCCGUGCGCAUCGUGCUCAUUGUGGUGGGUUUGCUUGCAGCAUAUUGCCUCUCGGCCCUGACACGGGCCAAGACCGUCCCGCUCUCCAGCGAGGAGGGCCAGGCGAUUGAAUCUUCCAUCAAGGAGUCUCUUCCUGGAUACUGGGGCACCCCGGCAGUGUCCGGCAGUUACACCGUUGCACUUUUGGCGCGGCAUAUCCAAGGCCAUGCCAACGAAAGCACGGACUUCAAUGCCAUGCUGUACAGUGGUGAGGACCAGGUGGAGCACUUCACCGAGCUCCUGAACCACACCUAUCGUGCACGUGUCACGCAAGACAGGCCUUGCCCAAAGGCAUCCUGCUCGAAGACACCUGGUGGUUGCCCCUGCGUUCAGCCGGACGGCGACCCAGGUCUCCCUGCGAGUUACGUGGUUCGUCGCGUCAUCCGCGUGGAGGACUCAAGGAUGUGGAAGCGCUUCAUGAGAAAGCGGGACCAGAUUCGACGAAGUAGAUCCACUGGAUCGAGCACCAUCGAGAAGGUGGAGCCUGAGGUCUGUACUUCAGGACUCAUCAAGGAGCAGCCGGGAACCUUUGCGCCCGUGGAUGAGGGCGUGAAUGAGUUCUAUCUAUGGCAUGGUACUCACGUACGGGCAGCCCUGUCCAUCGCGCACGAAGACUUCCGCAUUGACAUGGCUGGCUCAAAUGCUGGCACCAUGUACGGCAGAGGCUGCUACCUUGCAGAGAAUUGCACCAAGGCAGAUGAGUAUGCCAGAGAUGAGCCACAUGGCUACUAUGAGGGCGUCUACGCUCUUCUGCUUUGCCGUGUUUGCAUGGGAAAGUUCCUCUACACCACGGAGCGCUACGAAGGAGCAGGUGACAGGGUCAAGUCGGGGGAGUUUGACAGCACCAUCGGCGACAGGACCAAGAAAGCCAACACCUUUCGAGAGUUUGUCGUCUACAAUGCUGAUCAGGUCUACCCUGAGUAUGUCGUCCUCUACUCUCGGCGUCCACGGGCUGUGGCUUUGGAGACCUUCAAGUUCGAGCUGGGAGGCGAGCUUCAUGCGGAGCUUCCCGUUUACUGGCAGCACUGCCACGUGAACCCCGGCAUCAAUGCCUUCGAGGCUCAGUACUCCGUUCGUGCGACCUCCCGCGUCCUGCUGCAGCAGCUGGCGCAGGGGUGCUACCCAGGUGGCACGGGCAGUGGCAGCUUCAUCAAGGUCAUCUCUGCCCGACGUAUUGAGAUGUCCAGCAUGUGGAAUCGCUACGUGCAGUUCAAGCGCAG